UUUGGUAGGGACUCGUCAAUGAUCUCGGGUGUACAAAUAUAGGUGUCAAUGAAAUGCCUUCAGAGGUGAAGCUUAUCCCACGGAAGUGUGACACAGAAAUGAACCGCAAAUUAUUUAUUAAAAAGCCGCUGUUCGAAAUAACAGAAAAUGCUGGAACACCCCGAGUAUACGUCAGGCAGCUUCAGACUUUUCAUCAGAACCUGGAGCAACUUCACAAAAGUAACCGACUCGGAGCCAGUGCAGGAAAAGGGAAAUCUGAGUGGGUGGAAGUGAGAAGAUAUUAAAUUAUGGGGCAACAUGAUCCAAGAAAGAAAUGAACGAUAUGGUGGCACAGGGGAAAUUAUUUUCCAGCACCCGUCCAGUAUGGAACCUCUGACCGCGCUUCCCCUUCUCUGUCCUUGUUCAUCGGAUAUUGUUACACAAUAGGAACAGUCUGACUUUUGGGAAGGAAACGUGGUGGAAAACAUCCGGAUGUCAUACAAUUAGGGUUCGGUUUGGGGUUAGAAGGGCUGACGUGUUAAAAUCUGUCGAUAGUCUGUGUUCCAGUCUUUCGAGUUCCACAUCCUUAAUUCUUUUCCAAAUCCAAACCCAUUGCCGUAUAAAUAUUUCUCUCUCAUAUCUGUAUGAGCUACUGGAUGUUCACAGCAUUUUCUGACUUUAUUUCAGAUUUCUGCAUCCACAGAAUUUUUUUUCCGUUUAUUGAGAAUAGCUCCUGACUCCAUGCAAUAAAUUUAACUGGUUCUGCCUGAAGACCUGCAAGAAACACUUUAAUAUAAGAUCACGGCUUGAAGAAAUGGUUUCAAACUGGACCAGAAUCUUUCUCAUAACUGGGAUGAUUUGGAAUUUAUCACAAGGUCAUUGGGAAUGGACAUCCUGGUUUAAUGUUGAUCAUCCUGGUGGGAGUGGAGACUAUGAACAGCUUGUUGCAAUCCAACGUUAUUAUGGGGAAAGAAUAUGUCUGAGACCAGUUGCUGUUGAAGCUCGCACUAUACAUGGGGUCCCUGCCACAAUGACAGGAGAGGUUGUGCACCUCAACCCUCAGCUUGGUUUCUGGUGUCUCAACAAGGAACAACUUUCAGGAAAACCUUGUUCAAAUUAUGCUGUCCGAUUCAGAUGUCCCAAACGUUCGACAGUUUCUCAGAGUUUCUGGUCCCAGUGGUCAGACUGGGGCUCCUGCACAGCAGCCUGUGAGGAGACAGGAGUACAGUUACGUCAUCGCACCUGCUCCACCGACAACCAGAACAAGGAGCAACUGUGUCCAGGUCCUGUGGAGGAGGGCAGGAUAUGCAAAGGCACAGCUUGUAUAACAACUCCUGCAACCUCCAGCAAGCCACUAAAGAUUCCAAGGGAAAGUAAGGAGGAGCAGCAGCCUGGUUGUAAACUGAGAUGCACAAUGGGUCGUGUAAAUGCAGAGUGCAGUCGAUGUAUGUGCGAAGAACAUCUACUCCACGGUUCUGUACAUCUUCAAGAUGGCGCUCCAGCCUCCCAGGCAACUGUCCAGCUGUGGGGAGACUCUGACCAAAUCCUGACAGUCUGUGAUGAAAAGGGAAAGUUCAGGAUUCCUGGUCUUUGCCCUGAUGGCAAAACUGUGUUAAAAAUUAUGAAGUCACAUUAUGGAACUGUGCUUCAUACACUGAGCAUAAACAACAGCAAAAUAUCUACCAUUGAAGUGAAACUCAAGAGAUCUGAGAAACCAUAUAUCAGGAAACAUCCAUCAAACAAAGUCAGACAUGAGGGACAAAGUGUGACUUUCUGCUGCAAAGUUCAGUGUAAUCCCCCACCAGACAAGUACUUCUGGUAUCAUAAUGGCUCUCUUUUAGAUGUGAAGACACAUGGUUAUCACAGUUCUCUUGUGUUAAGGGACCUUCAACCACAACAGGCUGGACAAUAUUUGUGUCAAGCUCGUAACAUUGCAGGCUCUAUUAAAUCCAAGCCAGCCUCGUUGACAGUGAUAGCUCUUGGUGCUCCUUCAUGCAACCCCAAACCUAAGACCCACUUAAUACAGCUUCCUUAUGACUGUUACCAGAAUCUGACUCAGUCAUUUUACUACAAUGUGGGAAAAUGUUCUGUCACAACAUGCAGUGGUGAGCAUGAACCAGAGCCACGAUGCAAAGACACAACAGCUUACUGCUGUGGGGCAGUGAAACUUGUGGAAAGGAAGAUUUCCUGCACCAACUAUAUGCUUCCAAUCAAGGUGGUCAGCAGGUGUGGUUGUCAGAAGUGUGUUGAAACCAGGGCAAUUGUCCGUGGCCGUGCACUUGCUGCUGAUAAUGGUGAAGCCAUGCGGUUUGGACUGAUUUUCAUGAGUGGAAAGAAGAUUAGUAUGACUGGGUUUAGAGGAACAUUCUCCAUUCAGGUUCCUGCAGACAUUGAUCGGCUAGUACUCACCUUUGUAGAUCGGUAUGGCAAGUUUGUGAACACAACAAAGAUUCUUCCCUUUAACAAAAAAGGCAGCUCUGUCUAUCAUGAGAUUAAACUUCUAAGGAAAAAGCCAGCAGUGACUUUGGAUUGUUCUGUCAGCAAUACCAUCUCACUGGGAGCAAUCGAAAACCAAAGUCCCAUAGCGGAAUUGGAGAUUCCUCCCAACUCCUUCUACAGGCAGAAUGGAGAUAUUUACAGGGGGUUAGUCAAAGCCAGUGUAACAUUCUUAGAUCCAAGGGAUAUCUCGUUAGCUUCAGCAGCCCAGAGUGAUCUGAAUUUCAUUAAUGAAGAAGGUGAUGUUCUUCCUUUGAGGACAUAUGGCAUGUUUUCUCUUGACUUUAGAGAUGAAGCAGCAAAGGAAAGCCUCAAUGCAGGACAAGUGAAGGUUUUUCUGGACUCUGCACAGGUGAAAAUGCCAGAACACUUGGAGAAAAUGAAGCUGUGGUCAAUGAACCCUGAAACGGGCUUCUGGGAAGAAGAAGGUGAUUUUACUUUUAUUAGUAUUCGACGAGGUAAACGAGAAGAUAGAAAGUUUCUGGUGGGCAAUAUGGAGAUUCGAGAGAGAAGACUUUUUAACCUUGAUGUCCCUGAAAGCAGAAGGUGCUAUGUUAAAGUUAGAACAUUUCGAAGUGAUCGAUUUAUGCCAAGCAAUCAGAUCGAAGGAGUUGUGGUGUCACUUAUUAAUGUGGAACCCAUGUCAGGCUUUUCCUCUAAUCCCAGAGCUUGGGGUCGGUUUGACAGUGUUAUUACUGGUCCAAACGGAGCUUGCUUGCCAGCUUUCUGUGAUGACCAGCAGCCAGAUGCUUACUCCGCCUAUGUGAUGGCAACUCUAGCGGGAGAAGAACUUGAGGCAGUAGCAUCUUUCCCAGAUAUGAACUCAAAUACAAUAGGUGUUCAGCAAUCUUAUUUCAAGAAGCUGCAGUAUAGAAGAUCAGAUCAUGAAGAUGCCAAUGUUAAAAAGACAGCUUUUAAAAUAAAUGUAGCCAAACCAACACCCACUGUCUCAGAUGAAAUGGAUGGUCCUAUUUACCGUUAUGAAAAUUUUAAAGAAUGUGAAGAGGCUUCAUUUAGUGCAGGUCAUUUCCGCUUUUACAGAGUCGAAGGAGACAGUUAUGCUUUUAACACUGUACCUUUCGAUGACGAUGACCCAAUGAGCUGGACAGAAGACUACCUUGCUUGGUGGCCAAGGCCACUGGAAUUCAGAGCUUGUUAUAUAAAGGUCAAACUCCACAGCCCUCAAGAGAUUACUGUGAGAUCUCGAAACACAGGAGGGACUCAUCCUCAGACAGUUGGAAAAAUUUACGGUAUUCGCGAUAUGCGAAGCACUCGUGCUCUGGACCACUUGGGCAUCUCUGCCGUUUGCUUGGAAUUUAAGUGUAGUGGAAUGCUCUAUGACCAAGAACGCAUUGACCGCACAUUAGUGAAGAUCAUCCCUCAAGGUAAAUGUCACAGAGAAAGUGUGAACAAUAUGUUACAGGAAUAUCUGGUCAACCACCUUCCUCUUGCUGUCAACAAUGACUCCAGUGAAUUUACCAUGUUGGCUCCACUCGAUCCCCUUGGCCAUAACUAUGGAAUCUACACAGUAACUGAUCAGGAUCCAAGGACAGCCAAAGAAAUAGCACUGGGGAGAUGUUUUCAUGGAAGUUCAGACAGUGUAUCCAGAGUCAUGAAGUCUAAUGUUGGUGUGGCAUUGACCUUUAAUUGUGACGAGAAGCAGGAGCACCGGCAGAAUAUAUUCCAAAGUCUGCAGAACUCUCCAAAAUUCCCAGAGGUGAACAACAUGAGCAUGGGACGAAGAAAGAGAGGAAAAGGACAGAGAGAUCAUUUAUUUGGUCUUCGUCAAUUUAAUAAAUACAGAAAGCAGAGAAUAGCUCCACGCAGAAAGCAAUGGCAGAGGAACCUACAGUUCAGUGCUCGAGAUUAAACAAACGCUUCCCAACAAACAACCUAACUUGAGAAACUUGAUUAGCCAAUCACAAAAUCAACACUUCCUAAAGAAGGAAGUCAAUUCUGUUAAUCCAUUGAGCUGGGAGAUAAUUAAUCUUUUUUUUGAAGUGCACAAAUAUAAAUCCUAUUUAUUUUUGGUGGUAUUUCAAAACAUUUUUUUAUCACUUACAAUAUAUUUGCAGCAAAAAUAUAUUGGAAAACAAAAUUAAACACCUUUAAAUAUAAUUCGUAGCUUCAAUCUGAUCCAAGCUUUGUUGUUUUGAUGCUAUUAUAUUCUACUUAGAGUUAGUAUUUUAAGAUAUGCACUCUUUUGUACAAUAAAUUGCUUCCAUUUCAGAUUUCCUUUACAUAUGGUUAUUGCCUUAAGAUUUAUUUCAUUAUAUGAUUUUAUUUAAUUUGAAAGAUUUGUAUGUGUUGCAAGACUAUAGCAGCUGAGAUUGUUGGCCUUAAAAUGAGAACAGUCAACAGGUGAUUUAAUAGCAAUGUUCAAAAGCAUGGGAACAUAGAUUAUACGAGCAGGAGUAGGCCAUUAAGCCCAUUGAGUGUGCUCUGCCACUCAACUGGAUCGUGAGAAAUUAUGUCAAGUGAGAGAUCAGCAACCAGACAUAACCUUUAAGGUAAGUGGCAAAAUAUUCAGAGGGUUCAUUUCUUUACACAGUAAAUUAUUAAUCAUAGAAUCCCUACACUGUGGAAACAGUGGCCUGACAGGUCCACACCAAACAGCAUCCCACCUAGACC